GCAAGUGUCGUCUUCCUCAAACAUUUGUCACAUCCCAAGGCGUUAAGAAAAUGCAUUGGGAGGUGUGGUGGUGAGGAGGGGGGUCGUCGGCUGCAAGUGAAGAUGUCUAAGGAUGAUCAGUACCAAGGCACUGACUGCGUGUGCUCCUUUGGGAUGAAACUAACGUGGGAUAUCAACGACCCGAAGCUGCCACAGGACUUGAAGCAGUUUGACAGCUUUCAUGAGUGGACGGAUGGCUAUGUGCGGUUUAUUUACCGAGCGGAUGACAAAAACGCGCAGAGACACCUGAGCGGCUGGGCCAUGAGGAACACCAACAAUCACAACUGUCAGAUCCUCAAGAAGUCGUGCCUGGGGGUGGUGAUCUGUGCCCGGAGCUGCACCCUACCUGACGGCAGCAAACUUCAGCUCCGACCCGCCAUCUGCGACAAGGCGCGCCAGAAACAGCAGAAAAAGGCAUGUCUGAAUUGUAACUCAGCGCUGGAGCUCAUACCAUGUCGAGGUCACAGCGGCUACCCAGUGACUAACUUUUGGAGACUUGAUACCAAGGUCAUAUUUUUCCAGGCCAAAGGCGUACAUGACCAUCCAAGGCCCGAGAGUAAAUCAGAAACUGAAGUCAGAAGAAGUGCCAUUAAAAGACGAAUGUCCUCCCCAAACUUUGUUCACAAAAAAAGGCACAUGGACUCUGAGGCAAGCAGAUACCAUGAUAGCAGUGGUCACUUCAGCAACAUCCACCAUUUGCCCUGUAUGGAAGCUCCAGACAGAUUUGGCCUAAUAGCAGAACCAAACUUUCCUAUUCCAUCACAUCACUAUUCACCAUUUCAAAACCCAGAGGCCUUCAAUCCAGCCUACGAUUCAAACAGUGUUGCAGGGGAAUCAGUUCCAUCACUUCCAAAGGUCUCAAAUCCAAGGAUAUAUGUUCCAAGAGGAUCAUGUGGCUAUGAUUUUGCCAUGCCUGGUUACAUAGGUUCCAGUUCUUAUCCAGCGCUUUACAAAGAUUCUGGUAAUAUGCAACCUGAAGUUGAUUCAUUGCAACUCACUGGAACUCAACACAAUGCAGGUAGCUUGAAUGUCCAUGACAGGACCUUUGAUGGGACAAGUAAACACCAUGGAUGGAAGCAGAUAUUGAAAGGUGGAUAUGGGGACAGGAAUGAAUAUGGGCAUAUCACACCAAAUUCUAAUCAUUACUACAAUGGAGAAUACCCAUGCAGGUUGAGUGGUACAGGGACCACUCCUCCCGCUUUGCAGACUAUCAUAACCACGACUACUAAAGUCUCCUACCAACCUUAUAAGCCUGUGGGAAAGUUUGGUGACAAUGUUUAUGAUGCCAAAAAUCUUGCAAACUGCAACCACUUAGCAGACAAUAUUCCUUCUACCAAUUACCCGGAGGCAAAGUUUCAAGAAGAUAAUGGGGUGAUCAAAUCAGCAAUAGUCUACCAACAGGAGCCAGCUUCCAAAACAGAGCGGGCAGAAGGACUGGAAAAUUAUAGAUAUGGCACAUAUUCUACAAACUCAUACAGUGAUCGGUUAGCUCACCCCUCCCGAUAUGACAUUGGGGAAUACUAAAAAUCUACAGGGAAAAUGCUCGAAAUUGUCACAAUUGUUGAACUGAUUCACCCUAACUCUCCCCAAUAAGCACUAUACCAUUUUUUCUUGCUGUAUAUAGACAAUAACAAGAUUCAAAUCCAUUGAAGAUACUAGAGUGUAUUACAAGUGGAUCCUAUUUACUAAACAGGGUGCACUUGGGUUUGAUUCCCGGCAGGGUGAAACCUUACGCAAGUUUCC